GUCAGACCAUAUCAGCUUCAAACACAAAAGGCUUCACUAUGACCAUCAAUAAAAGGGAGAUUCAAGAUAGAUAAGAAGGUCAUUGAGGAGUACCAGAGACCAUGGGAAACAAGCAAAGCAGGAGUAGAAGCUCUUAUGAAGAGGGGAAUGGCUAUGUCCUGAUAUUUAACAAUGUGAACUUCACUACAAAAGAGCUUGAGACUAGGACUGGCAGUGAUAGAAAUGCAGAAGAAAUCAAACACACUUUUGAGCAAAGGUGCUGCAGAGUCAAAACAUUGAGGAACCGUACUACAAUAGAAAUGACUACAGCUCUUGAAAACGUAAAACGAUACGAGGAAAAAAACUUCCUCUUUGUAUUCUUUCUCACACAUGGUGACUCAUCUGGGGUAUAUGGAACAGACGGUGUAUUGCUUCGAUUUCAGGACAUACAAAAGCAAUUGACAGCUGGAAACUUUCCUGCCUUCAGUAGGAAACCAAAGAUACUUGUGUUUCCGACCUGUCGCAAAGGAGAAAGAGAGGACUCGGGAACCAGAGCAGUAGAAGAUGACUUCUUACUCGCCUUUGGCACCCAGCCUAAUUCGUCCGCAUAUCGAUUCGAAGAGGAAGGCUCUUACUACAUCACACAAUUAUUAUCCGUGAUUGAAACAAGAGGAGAUAGAGAGGAUCUAUUGUCCAUGCUAACUGAAGUGAAGAGGGUGAUGAGGGAUCAACAGGACGUCGUACCACAAAACCCAGACUACCAUAGCUCACUCACUGAUAAAGUGUUCCUAAGACAGAAGAAGUCCAGUGCUCAACUUAUCACUGGGAAGAAUAACAGACACAGAGAAAGGGCUGAGAAUGCAGGGAUAGAAGAAGAAGAGGAGAGUCAGGAGACUGUGUGUACUCCAGCUACAUCCAGUGCUCUUAGCUCAUAUGAUGUCGUCUCAGGAAAAACCCUGGAUGCUGCUAAAAUCUAUAAGUCCAAAACAAAAACUGGCGAUUCUACAAAAAAUUCUUCGCCAAAAAGUAGCAUUUCUUCCAGUGAUGAUGACACUGAAGUCUGUGAAGGCAUAUUUCCAGAUGAUAAUAUUGAUGCCACAGUCCCUUUUUAUCCACCAGACCAAGACAGCCAACCAAUUGAACAGGAGUUGCCAGCAGAAGCAGCAACUGAAAAAAGCAAGCAAGAAUGGCUCGACGUUUCGGGUGAUCAUGACAUUACCCCACAAGGAACUCCAGAAGAUGAAAUAACUGCUACACUUACCAAAAGCAUCGGUAAUACAAGGAUAUUAAAGUCAAAGGUGACCGAAGAGGGUUACAUAGAAAUAGUCAAGGAAAUAAAGGAGCUAACUGUGGGGGAGAUUGAGAAUGAUUGGAUAGUCUUAGAAUUAAGCUAGUUAGAUCUUCGACUGGUUAUUUAUUUAUUUAUUUAAUCAAGAAGACUUUCAUUAUUUAUUUAUUUAUGAAAACUAGUACUCUUGCUUCUACCAACUCAAGAGCUAAGGAUAUCAUUCAUUUACAGCAGAACUGUCGUUCCCUGAUGUUCAUAAUAUACUACAAACUCAACUGCUAUGAACAUGUAGUUACUGUAUUUUAAUUUCAUAGCAAAUUUGUUUCGUUUUCUUACUAUUAA